CCAUGCGGUGGCUGGAGGAACGCACGGAGGAAGCAGAGCUCCGUACAUGAGCCACCCCCACCUGUAACUAAUACAAAAUGAGACUGGCAUAAAGAAUGCGAGGAGGCAGGAAUUGCUGAGUGGUAGCCAAACCUUAACAAGCCUACCGGAACCCUCAGAAGCAGAGCCGGAAUCCUGCACUACCACGCUGACAUGGAGAAAUGUCAGCGAGCCACGGCCGCAUGACAUCACAAGAAUGAGACCUGCGACGAUAGUGGAGAGCAACAGGCCGUAUUUAUGUGACAAUGGCCGAUAAACCUGAUGUGUCAGAGGUGGAGAAAUUUGAUCGCAAGAAACUCCGUAAAACUAGCACAGAAGAAAAGAAUUCACUGCCUACACUGGAGGAUAUUAAAAAGGAAAAAGAAGAAUGUAAAAAAUCCUAAAAUAACAUGACUCUUCACCUGUUAUCACUAUCCUACUAACUUGGUUGGCUGUAAACAAGAAACAUCAUCUGCCAAUAAUGACUGCUCUGUAAAC